AGCUGGAUGUGGAAGGGAGACGCGACUUACAGCCGCGGAUUGCUUGAUGCGGAUGAAGUGCUUAAAUUCUCCCGGGCCCAAGCUCUAGUAGUGUGAGGAGAAAUCUGGGAAAUGAAAAAUAAAACCGCCCGUGAGCUCCAGCGGAGCUGUCGGAGCGCUCGGCUGUGGAGGAGCUGGAAUACAUGACACUGCUGGAGGCACCAGGCUACUCCUGGUGAUAAAGUUCAGAGUAUGAGACAUCAAAAGCACCUCUGACACCUUUUUUUGACAUUUUGUAUAAAUACUGAGUGCCUAAAUACUUGGUUACUGUCGUGCUUUAAAAAAGACUUUCUCAUCUGCUUGUUCUGUUAUCUUGCUUCUUCUAAACGUAUAGUGAUGAAAGGGAAAGGAGAAGAUACUUUUCUGCACAAUGAUAGUUCUACUUCACCUGCUGAAGAAGAGUCUACAGCUGUAGAGAAGAAGAUGAAGCCUCCUACCAGACUCAAUAUUCAUUCUGCAUUCUGGAUUUUGGCAUCAAUAGCUGUGACAUACUACUUUGAUUUUUUUAAAACUGUUAAAGAAACUAUGCAAGCAGAUAGUUGGUGGCUUGCCAGUGGCACUUGUUUGAUGGCUGUGUGUUUAUCUGUUGCCUUUUACUGCAUCCUGUAUCUUGAGUGGUACUGUGGAAUUGUGGACUAUGAUGCACAGUAUCCAGCAUUGAUACCUAUCACAACAGCUACCUUUAUAGCAGCAGCAAUUUGUUUCAAUGUUGCCUUGUGGCCUGUCUGGUCGUUUUUGACACCUUUGUUGCUCUUCAUUCAGUUUAUGGGUGUUGUGAUGCUUGUAUCACUCCUGGGAUAAGCCAUUCAGCUUCAUGUGAAGGACUCAAGUAACUGUUAUCCUGCAAAGUGGAUGUCACUUUUGUUACAUUCCAGUACUUUUAUUGUUUCUAAUACUGCCUUUUUGCUCUAACUGAUACAGUAAUUCUUAAUCUACCUGAUUUAUAAAUCAGUGGACAUAACUGUAGGAAAAAGAAACGGAAUAGUGAAUAAUUGAAAGAUAGAUAGGUUUUACAUCUCUUGGUAACAUAAAGCAUUUCAUUGCUGCUUUGUAAAGCUUCUGUUUAUGUUUUAAUAUUAAGCACAUGGGUAAUAAGUCAUGGAAACAUAGAAUAGUUGGUGUUGAAAGGGACCUUAGUUAUCUCUGGGGACCUCAGAUGUCACCUAGUCAACUUCCUGCUCAAAUCAUGUUGUUUGACUUGGAAGUAAUUGAUGUUUAAUUGAAGUGUAAUGGAGUUUUAAUACUAUAUUCUUUCCAUUUGAAUUGACAGCUAAAAUACUGUUAUCUGGAACCUGUGUUUGUACUUAUAAACUUACUUAUAGGAGGCAUUUCUUGAUCUAUUACAUUUCUAAUGUUAUAUUUGUUACCAUGUAGGAAAUAUUACAUAAUCUCUUGAAUUCAGAUCUGCUAGUGGUUUGGAAAAAAGUAUGGAUAGGGGCCUAGAAAGCUGGUUGACAUUUGGCAGGGCCAUCAAUUAAAUAAAUAAAUUCUACUUGUGCUGAUACAGUUUGUCCACAGCCAAAGGUGGAUGAUCAAGCUGUGACUAACCAGCAAUAUAAUGAACACUAUUAACAGUACACAAGAAAUUCAGAGAACAAAUUACAUUCUUUUGAUGUACGCACUAUUUUUCAGUAUUCAGGAUGUUUUUCUUUCUGUAAAUUAACUUUUGAUUCUUAGCAGUGCCUGUUAAUGAAGUUGCCAUUUUCCUUCCUCACCAACGAAGAGGCUGAUAUUAACUUAAAAGCUAUUGGUCAUACUCAGUUGGGAAAAUAAAAUAGCAUUUUAUUUUUAUUAGGUGACUGUUCGUGUUGACUGAGAUACUUGGCUGUCUGGAGACCUGGGCACCAUCCAGUUGCUAGACCACUCUUUGUAGAUCCUUGUGUUAAAUACUUUCCCACCCACAGCUUUUGGAAAAUAGGAGAAUGUAGAAGCUGGGUGUGGAAACUUGUUAAAAUUUACGCCUUGUGGCUGUUGCUUGAAGUCUGGACUGUCACAGGAUACUGUGUUCUUCAUUCUGACUUUCAAAUUCACAGCAUUGCUGAAUACAAAAUAUGUGAAAUGUUUAGUUUACAUGAAAAAGGUAGACAUUGUCUUUGGCUGUUACUGUUCCAUUAAGGAAAAAAGUUGCUAUUGGUAUGUGAUAAAAAAGAUCAGUCAAACCAAAAUAAAAUACAUUCAGCACUGCUUUUAGUAAUUUGUAGAGUAAGUUAACAGCUUGAUUUGUUGAAAUGUAAUAUUUAGGUUUGCCAAAACCAGUUGUGCUUCACAUCCUUAAAGAGCAAAUUGCUUAUCUUCAGGUGUCCAUCUUUUAAUUAAUUUUAACUAUUUUAUGUCUGCAUCCAUAGGUACAUUUGAGUAACUUUGUUUAUUAUGAUAUUUAAAAUGCAGUGUUACUCAGGGAUGGUAAUUAUCACUGUAUUUUAUUUGUCAACUAUAUAAAUGCUCUAGGUGUUUUAAGUUGCCUUGUAAUCUUGAAUUAAAAUUACUAUUUGCUACAUGGUUUUUCAAAUUUAUUCUUCUGGACAUCUUAAUAAACUUUGUACGAAAGUGAUCA